AGAGUUCGCUACAAUCUGGGGGUUGGUCCCAAACCGAGUUGGAUGAGAUGUACUUUGAGUUGGCUCCGCGCAAUAAAGAGCGUAUUUACGAUAUGGUCUUCAAAAUGCAUAGAGCUGCUUCCCCGGUACCUCCUCCUCCUCUGCCACAGGAAAUGUCUCAGGACUACCUUCAAAUGCAACUGGAUGCUGCUAAGGCCAAACUUGCGGAUCUUAAACGGGAGCAAGAAGCUCAGCUUGCGGACUGCGAAGCUCAGUUCGAUAUGAUUGUCGAGCGAAACCCAAUGAUAGCAUCAGCGUUGAAGGCUCGACAAGCAACUGAAACAGAGCAAGCAAAGGCGUCGAGUGGUCAGCAGAUGAAGCGGGACUAUGAUGCUCUGUUCGAUAUAGUUGUCGAGCAGAACCCGAUGCUAGCAUCAGCAUUAAGGGGUGUGCGUGCAAGUGCAACCGACUCAGAGCGACAUCCAGGGAUCAGGAAAAGACCGAGCAAGACCAAGCUACGGCAGCAGACUUUUCUCCUCCAGACGGAGCAUUGAUAAUUUUACUUCCAAUUUGGUUCGGUUUGUGUUUAUUAAUUUAGUUUGAAUUCCGGUUGAACCUGAAACGAAGCGGCUUUCGUAGUUUCUUCCUCCUCUAAACCUUG